AGAAAAGGCGGUUCUGCCUCAUAGUCAGUGACGACCAAGGGCGGAGGUCGCCGACGACCCCUCCUGAGGCGAGGUGGGCGAAGGCCUCCCCUCUCCCUGAGGGGCGAAACCACCGUCUGACAGGAGAACCUCUCCUCCACUUUUUCUCCUCUCAUUUUGCCUCCCCUUCUCCACACUUUUCGCGGGGGCCCGAAGCAGCGGCUUUCCUCCCCCACCCGCCCUUUCCUAUUCCCCUCCCCUCUCCAUUUUACUUUCUCUGACGGAGAGGAAGGGGCAGGCUGCCGGGCGGCGGCGGCGGCCAACGCGCAUGCUCAGCGCCGGCGCCAUUUUGGAAGGGCCGGGAGAUUAACCCGCGGGAGCAGCGGUGGCGGCGGCGGGUGGAGGAGCUCGGCCCGGCUCGGCGGCAGCGGCGGCGGCCUGGGGUUGGGCGGGUCGUCGGACCCCUCCGAGGACAUGGCCAACAUCGCGGUGCAGAGGAUCAAGCGGGAGUUCAAGGAGGUGCUGAAGAGCGAGGAGGUCAGCCUUUCCCUCCCUUGUCGCCCUCCUCGGUCGUGGCGUUUAUUGGGGGUGGGGGAGAGAUUUGGGAGGCUACAUCCCUUUCGGUUUUCCUUCCCUCGCCUCCGUUUUUCUUUCUCUCCGGGGUCUCGGGGAAGCAGCGAUGUUGCCUCGUUUCCUCGGGCAACGUUCAUUUCCCAUGGGGGGAAAAAAUUAAAUUUCUGGGGAGGGGAGGGGGCCCCAUCUGAGGGGAAUGGGGUGGGGAUGGGGGAAGGAAGAAAUGAUGAGAAAGGGGGAAGGCGAUCAAGCUAGGCCUGCCAGCUCCAUCUGAUCCUCUGUGGUGCCCGUGUAGGCCCACCCAAGAGGCCCAGAGUCACGCCUGAAUUUGUAGCGUGUUAACCACCAUACGUGUGAAUCUGCCCCUUCUGGGGGGUGGGGAAUGCACGUCACUGCCCUCCUCAAGCUGUGCUUUUGCUGCUCUCAAAUGUCAACAUGCUCUCUCCAGCUUGCUCUCUCCAGGGGUGAAAUAAGUAGCACACACCACUUCCCUGGCUCAGAUGCUGGCCCAUGUAAUAUUAUUAUUAUUAUUUAUACACCGCCCAUCUGCUUGUGUUUCCCCAGCCACUCUGGCAGCUCCCAACAGAAUAUUAAAAACACAAUAAAACAUCAAACAUUAAAAACUUCCCCUAAACAGGGUUGCCUUCAGAUGUCUUCUAAAAGUGGCAACCCUGCCACUGGUUUCCAGCUCAGUCCCACAGGUAUCCUGCCACCCUUGUCUUCUGCUUUCUGGUAAAACUGACUAGGCCGGAGAAAAGUUAAAAGCCUUGUUAUGGUUACCAGCGCAGGUAUGGAUGCGGCCGUUGACUUUCCCCCCAGCAUUUUGUCAAACCCAUCAGAGCUUUCUGCUGUCACUUUUUUUUUUGGGCUGGAAAGUAGAGGAGGAAGACGGGGAUGAAAUUUGGGACUGUGAAACUGGCAAUGCUUCCCCUCGCACUUCCCCAUUUGUGUGUGUGUGUGUGUAGCCAUUCAGAAAUCUGGAAAGUCUGUGGGGGGAAUGGGGUGGGUCAAAGAGCAAUAAAUCGUGGGUGCAUUGCAUCGGUUCACAGGUGAUGAAAGGUUGAAAUGCAGUUGUAACCUGUAUGAACAUCAGUUGACUAACAUAAGAUUGCCUUAGUGUAUGGAAUACUUUGUUUAUUCCUUUCACAUGUACAUAGUGGAGGAGAACAUCCAAAAUGCUUUUAACUGGUUUGUAUGGUGUCAUACUGUUAAUAGAAAGAAUAUGAAUCUAUUGGUGGUGUAAACUGGUAUGUUAUUUGUUUUUAGCAUAACUGAGUAUAAAAAAUACCUGUGGGAUGAGAAACGAUAUGGCAGAGAUAAAAGGUGGAGGAUGCAUAGUAACAUAUUUGCUUUUGAAAACCAACCUCUUAAGAAAAAGUGUGAACUGUAGUUGCAGACUUUGAGGACAUAAAAAUGUGUAGUGACCGUUUGCUGCAUCCUUAUGGUGUGAUUAUAACACACACACGCACACACACACACACACACACACACACAGAGUGUAGGCCACAUCCUAACAUCUAGUUGGUGUAUUUCCACUCCUGGGAUGGGAUGGGCUGGUCUUAAGCAGUUGUAAGUGAUUUUUAACCCUCCCCUGCUGGCAAAAGUUAAACCAAGGGAAGUCAUACUGAUGUAGAGGACACAAAGAGGGCAUGCUAAGGGUAGGGAAUGGGUUUGGGGAGAGGGGCAAACAAAGUUAGCUCUGCAUCCUAACUCUCUUCAUUUAUUGGUCUUGUCCACAGAGCUCCAUGUAACUUGCACCAACAAAAAACCAAGUGUAACUAAACAUUUCAUAGGAAUUCAUGGGCACAAAUUCAAGUUUACACUACCUGCCCAAACCUGGCCACACACACCCUGGCUAGAAACAAGAUGAAGCUGAACUUACACAGGAGAUAUGCUGACAUAACUUCCUGGUUAAGAUAGGUUUGACAUACUGUCUUGUACUACUCCACUGUUGCCAUCUUGAAAAUGUUAGUUAAGAGCAACUCCAACUGAUUUUCAGUAUGAUUGAGGACCAUUUCACACAUUAUGAGAGGCAAACCUAGACUUGCCAUGUAUUAAAAAAAAAGAUGCAGAAUUAAUCCCAGCAUCAUAAUCAGUGUACUUAUAUAUACAUGUUUGCACAUUUAUUAUGUUUAUACUUAAAAUAUUUUAGUUGUAAACCUUUUUAGGUAUCUAUCUACAUAUCAUUAUAUAUCUAUAGAUACAUAAUUGUUUUCAUGUGUGAGGAUAACAGUGACAGCAUACAGAAACAAAAAUCUCAAUCUAUUUUAGUAGAUUGUUUUAAGUAGAUAUAUACUUAAGUAGAUAUAUACUUCAUUCUAAUGCCAAAAGUUGUGGACACACAUGUUCCUAAUUCUGGCUGCAUCAUGUCCACAGCCUUCCCUGCAUGCUUCCUAUGCUAACAAAAUAAAUGCUCACACAACAGUUCAGAUUCAUGUAUUUUCUCUUCAGAUUGUCAUCUCUAGAUAGGAACUUUGUCCUCAUUUCCAAGCAGUUGUGCAUUGAGGAGCAAGUUUUAUAUUAAUGUUCUGUUGAUGUUAUAUAAUAAGCAGUGCUAUAAGUAUAUUGCCUGUCAGUGAGUUGUAUCCAGAAGCUCUCUUAUGCUGUACAGUGGUGCCUCGCAAGACGAAAAGAAUCCGUUCCGCGAGUCUCUUCGUCUUGCGGUUUUUUCGUCUUGCGAAGCAAGUCCAUUAGCGGAUUAGCGCUAUUAGCGGAUCAGCUGAUAAGCGGCUUAGCAGCUUAGCGGAUCAGCUGAUAAGCGGCUUAGUGGCUUAACAGAUCAGCUGAUAAGCGGCUUAGCGAUCAGCUGUUAAGCGGCUUAGCGGAUCAGCUGAUAAGCGGCCUAGCGGCUUGGGAAAAGGGGGGGGGGAGGAAAACCCCCCCGCAGGAACUCGCAAGACAUUUUCGUCUUGCGAAGCAAGCCCUUAGGAAAUUCGUUUUGCGAAGCACCUCCAAAACGGAAAACCCUUUCGUCUAGCGGGUUUUCCGUCUUGCGGGGCACCACUGUACUACAAAUAAUAAUGAACUGAAAUCUUUCAGUGUUGGUAUGAUUGAUAAUAUUUGAAGAAAACGAGGGUUUUGGUUUAAAUCUGUGUCUUGUCCUUCAAGGAGCUCAGGGUGACGUACAUGGGUGUAUUUCAAUAUCUUCACAACAGCCCUGUGUAGUAGGUUGAGCUGAACAAUAAGCGCUAACCUGAGGCUGUCCCAUUUGCUUUAUGAGUGAAUGGGAAUAUCUAACAUUAGUCAUAUUGGGAGUUAGACUCAUUGAAACCAAUGGAUUUGGGUAACUUAAGUUCAUUGAUUUCAGUGUGUCUGCUCCAAAUAAGAUGUAGUUGGAUAUCACCUAGAUUUUUUUCCUUGACCAACUUCAGUUCUUUAUUCAUUACCCCACACUUUGGUCCAGACCAUGUGCUAGAUUUAUAAUUGUUAUCAUAACUAAUUCUGCCCUUCCUCAACACCCAGUAUUGUGUAAAUGUUACCAAAAUGGGUUCAGACUACCAUACUGUCCCUAUUCUUUUAUUUGUGGUGAUGAGAUAUUGUAUUCCUAAAAAUUAGUAAUCCAUAGUUAUCAUUCUGAAAUAUGGUCUAAUAUUUCACACUAAAAACCAAGAUGAUGGCAGCUUUGAUCAUAUAUAAGAAAUUAUCUCUUGUAGGUCUUGGUGUUGGAUAUUUCAAAUAAACUGUUACAACAAAGGGAAGAUACUAAUGCUUAAAACUAGCCUAGAAAAUCUGAAGGACUGCUUCUACAGCUCUUUUGCACAUGGAACUCCAAUUAAUUUUAUUCUAAGUUUACUUGUUAGGCAAUUGCAAAAUGCAUACAUAUGCAACAGCAUGUCUUCAUAUCUAGAAUUGUAUCCAGUUGGUGUCCAGGAACAGAUCAAAGUGAUCUUCAGCAUUUUUCUCCCUCCAUGCUGUUCUAAAGGGUCUCACAACCCUCUGGAAGCAGAAAUGAAGCAAGGAAAGGAAUUACUGAAGAUUGCCUCAAUCCCUGUUGUUCUGAAAGAAAGACUCUUCAGUCAGCAUAGGACCACCAUUUGUAUACAACCCCUUAAGAACAUUUUAGCUCCUUUCCACAGUAAGUUUCCACUUGCACAGGGCAUACAUGAACUGUAACAUUUAAAUUAUAUAAAUGGUUUGGUGGGUAUCCAAAGUGGCUGGAAAAUCAGGAGUGCUGGUAAAUGGACUGACUGGUUUACUAAAUGUAAUAUAAUUCAUACUGAUUUUGGCAAGAAUGUGUAAUACCUGUCCUUGUUUUAUAUAGAGAAUGAAAAACUCAAUUUUUAUGAUGAGUUUGGUUAGCUGGUUUUUUGUUUUUGUUUUUAAAAAAGCUUAAAGUAUUUUUUUAAAAUGUAAAACCUAUCACAUCUUUCCACUAAUACUGGGGGCCCCUCCAUGAUGGCUUAAAUUUAUGCUUAAAAACAUAAUAUAUUGCAAUUAAAAACAAAAAGACAAAACAGCCAGUAUAAUAGAAACUUAUUUAUGGAUAAAAAAAAUAACAAAUCUGAAAACCUUGUGCAAAUAAAACAUUUGUAAUUUUUGCCCAAAAGAAAGCAGAACAGGCACCUAACAAACCUAAGUAGGGUGUCCCAUAAUUGGGUUCCAUAGCUAUCCAGCUUCUCUCUGGCAGAAGGAACACCUGAAGCAGAGCCUUAAAUGAAGAUUUUAACACAAAAUAUGGGAGCAGGUAUUUAUUUGAAGAAUUGUUAUCCUGCUCUUCAGCAAAAAUAGAAAAAGGCUGCCAUACUGACUUUUAAAGAUCAAUAAAAACAAGGCAUUACCUCCCUUCAUGCUUAAAAGUCCAAAAGACAUGAAGCAAAAUGAAAAUGAAUUGGGAGGGAGGAGGAAAGAAGCAAACUCAGUUACCCGUUCUUAGUUACAAGUUCUUGUAAUGUCCAGCUGGGAUGGAAAAAGUUCAUCCCUGAGCCAAAUGUUGCUCUCCCAGCUGCCCUGAUGGAAGUGUUCCCCAACCCCAUCUUCCUUCUCUUGCUAUAGUCUGAUGUAAUAGUUGCUGCCAGGUGACAGGAGAAAAAAGUGUGACUCAGCAGAGCAAAAGGGGAUCCUGCCCCUCUUCUCCUCUGCCAAGUGACAGUUGGUGAACAGACAAUAUUAUUUUGUUCUGUUUUCCUGUUGGGAGCAUACCCUUGAGUUUCAGAGCAGGUACAGAGUUUCUUGCAGAAGAGAGUUUGCAAAAGAGAGCAUCCUUGGACUUAUGAUCAAAGCUUCCAUCUGGCACUGCUGGAAAUGGUUUGGGAUCAGGGUGGUUGGGGUUUGAAGGUCGAAAGAAGUUUGAAUUGUAACUGGAAACAAACUGUCAAUAUGGAUAUUGAAGCAUUGUGUAGAUUCCAGUUAAUAACGGUGAUGACAUUUCUGAACUAGUUGAAACUUCUGAAUGCUCAUCAUAAUCAGCCCCAUGUAAAAUUCCCUCCAGUAGUCUAAACUGGACAUUACUAAAGCAUGGAUAACUGACAAGAUUUGCAUUUUUUAAGGACCGAUUGCAGCUGUUGCACAACCAACAGUGAAAGCUGCUUCUGACCACCAAUUUUACUGCAAGGCCAGACCUAAUAGUGACCCAAGUGAAUUUCAUGGGGGAGGUGAGAGGAAAUUGUUGUUGUUGUUUAGUCGUGUCCAACUCUUCGUGACCCCAUAGACCAGAUCACGCCAGGCACUCCUGCCUUCCACUGCCUCCCGCAGUUUGGUCAAACUCAUGCUGGUAGCUUCGAGAACACUGUCCAACAUCUCGUCCUCUGUCAUCCCCUUCUCCUUGUGCCGUCCAUCUUUCCCAACAUCAGGGUGUUUUCCAGGGAGUCUUCUCAUGCGGUGGCCAAAGUAUGGAAGCCUCAGCAUAUCCAAAACUGGCUGAAUACCCAACUCCCUGAUCAGCUUUACUGUCUAUUAACAAACCCUUUUUAUUUUGUCUAAGUAAUAGAUAUCUGAUUCUUUGGUACAAAGUUUGAUGAAAGAAACAGCUAGGUGUCAUUGUUUUUAUAUUGAUGGUGCUAUACCAUAUCCCCAGACACAGCAAUUUCAUGUAGAUGGGGAAUAGUGUGGGACAAGGAUGGGAAUCUGUGCAAUUCCAUAGCAAAAACGUCAUUAGGUGGGGCAGAAAUACCCAGUGUUAGAAAGCUAGGAGCUACAUAGCACCUUAAACCUAAGUUUUGGGCGCUGCAACAGAAUGUACAGGCAUGCUUUUUUAUAACAAGAAUACAAACCUGAAAAUGAAUGAACUGCAGCUAAAAUAUUAUGUUCAUUUUUCACAUGGUCUAGUCCUUCCCCUGCCCCGCCCCCCUAAUAUUCUUAAGAGGGAGGGUCUCUUCUCCCAUCUUCAGAGUAGCUGGAGGUGGGGGGGCAGAAAAAGGUCCUCCUUUCCUUCCACUUUGUAGUUUUAAUCUGAAAUCUUAGGCACGGUACUGCUCCCAAAGCUCAGAAACUGCUUGCACUAAUGAAAUUCUGUUGCAAAAUGCACCUAGAACAACGAGAGUUUCGAACACUGGAAAUACCUACUUCUUGAAUCAGUGCACCAGAGCACCUAAAUAAUUUUAGCACAAAGUGGAAUUAGUUGAAUGUCAGAUUGCCUGUGCCAUUUCCAUGGAAUGUAUAAUACUGUAGGUUUCUGGAGCAUGUUCUAGACUGGAGUAUAUAGCUAGGGUUCAUUGUUACCCCACAUCAAUUGAGAGCAGGGGUGGUAACCUCAUGUCAAGGGCUGCAUUCCCUUUUAGUCUGUUGGCAGCAUGCUAAUAGUAGAUGGGACAAGAAUUAAAAGUGGGAGGGCCACCCCUUUUAUCUCUCUUUGCACCACCCCUUUUGAACACCCUCUUUCUGCUAUCCCAUUUCCCCUCCUGUCCUUGUUACUCUUACGCAGUUGGGCCAAGUACUGGAUGGAAUUGAACUAAGGGCAGCAGGUUGCCCAUCCAUUCUAAAAUAUGCUUAAGUUUCAGAUUGCAGGUAAAUAUAAUAAUGAUGAGCUUUUAGAAAAGCUUGCCUGAUGUCAUUGAUCUUUUAAAUGAGUUGAUUACCUUUUUGCAAAACCAGUGUUCCCUGCAACACACUUUGAAAGCCACUUUUUUUUAAAGUACAGUACUCUUAUCACAAUAGCUAAAAUCAUAUGUUUUGUUCAUUGCAACCCAUGUUUAUGUGUCACUAAGGGCUCAUGAUAUUCCAACAACAACAAGGGUUGAUACUUGGUAGAGCUACUUAUUUUAUUUUUCAUAAGAUAUGAAGGAAACACCCAUAUUUAUAGAAAAUAAAUUGCAGGUAGUACAGAGCAACUGAUUCAGGUUUUUUAAAUAAAAAAUUGACAAUAUAAGCCUAUGCUUGUCUACACAGUUAAAGACGAAUAUAUAAAAGGAUGUCUGAGAUAAGGAUGGAACUAUGUACAGUAGAGGAAAACAGGGUAAUGUUCUGGAAACUGCUACAACUUAGGGGUCUAAAACUGAAACAUCUUUACUUACCUUAAAAUAUAGUUACAACUGUUAUUUUAUAGUACAGAGCUACAGGGGUGUUGAUAUAUUGCCAUGUCAAACAUUAUGAAUCAUGCUGUUUUAAAAAUAUAUCCUGUGUGUCAUUUGGUUAAACGUUUAUACUAGUUUUAAUUAAACACUUGUACUACUGUACUUGCCCAAAAGCUUCAGUUGUAACCACAAUCCAGCAACAUGUAUGCAACACAUCCAGGUGUGAACCUGGGCUUAUUGGGUGUUCUCUCCCUCUUUUUUCUUAAGAGACUCCAUGUAUUGAUUCUCUAUGGGGUUUGUGUGCGUGUUACACAAAACAGUUUGGAGAUUUGGAAUAUGACUUUCCUAACUGGUGUACCGACUGUUAGUUGCAUGUGUAUAGCACUUGUUGAAUCAGGUACUAGUUGAAUCAAGGUUUUUUCUACAGUGGCUCCUCUUUUGUGGAAUGCUCUCCCAAGGAAGGCUCGCCUGACACCUGCAUUACAUAUCUUUGGUGCCAGGCAAAAACAUUUCUCUUUAACCAGGUUUGGCUGAUUAACAUUCUGUGGCUUUUUUAAAUGUGUUUGUGGGAGGAGGGGUUAUUGGUUUGUUUUCGCUUUAUUAUGUAUUUUAUAUGUAUUUUGUAUUUGUCUGUUGUGAACUGCCCUGGGAUCUUCAGUUGAAGGGUGACAUACAAAACAAGGUCACACCUGCUUAUUUCUGAUUCCAAUACUCAAAUUAGUGUCUGUGUUUAGACAUUGCAUGAAUUAGGAUGAUGCAAAGAAGCCUGAUGUCCAAAUGCAACUGAUAUGUUUCAUUGCAACAGCUCCUAGUACUCUAGAGGCAGUUCAUAGUCUUCCUACACCUAAAUUUUUGUGGGCUUAAAAGAACUAAGGUAUUUUGAAAACAGGAUAAAGAUCCUACUUAGUACUUCUUGGAAAUUCCUCUAGGACAGUAGUUUUCAACCAGUGUGCCGUGGCACCCUGGGGUGCCUUGAAUGAUGGUCAGGGAUGUCGGCAACCCUGGCCUCUGUCCCUCUUUCCUUCCCUCCCUCCCUCUGAUCCCCUCUUGUGUCUCUGCCCCACAAAGGCUUGCAUAGCUAUUUGUUGCAGCAGCUCUGGCUACAAGCUUCCCAGGUGAGUGGAGCCUCUGGGGCUGGCCAGGGGGUGCUUCCCAGGUCCCUGUGGGGUUGUGUGAGGAGGAGCCUCUCUUUGGGGGCAGGGGGAGCAGAUCAGAGACCAGGGGUGGCAGCCCAGAGGACUCUCAAGGAGAGGGGAGAGGAGAGGAGGCUGAGAGAACACUCCACAAGGGAGGGUGUUUGAAAAGGUGAGAGGCUGCCAGCUCUGCAGGCAAGGGGUGACAUAACUGGGCUCCUGAGCCCCACAGGGGUGCCGCAGAAAGAAUGCAGUUGGUCAAGGGAGUUGUGGAUUCAAAAACGUUAAAACCUCUGCUCUAGGAAUUAAACUAGUAAUUUUACUUUCAGCAACUUUGUUAGGCUGGUCAGUACAAUUUCUGUUUGUAAUAUGGCUAGGAAGCAUCUAGCAUUGGUGAGACAAGGGAUAGCAGGAAUUUGUGGUGCAUCUAGAUAGCUUUGCUGUGGUCCAUAGUGAUGGUGCUUAAGCUCCUGCUUCUUAAUCACUUUGCUGUUGCUUAGCCUAUGGCCAAAUUGAAAGUGUGUGGCUAUUUCUUGUAGCACUCUCUGAUCCUGUUCAAAUGUAACAGGAACCCAUGGCUUGGCCUUGUGGCCAGGGAUGAUAGAAGCUGCACAAGCUCCCCACACCUGAUCUAGACGCAUUCUAAUCUGGUUUGAGACCAUGUUUUGGGACCAAGGAGGACUUGAUUGCCCUGAAGGAUACCUUUUUCAAGAGAAGCACGGGGGGGGGGGCAUGACUUCUGCUGGAUCACUCUUAGCAUUUUAAGACCUGUUGCCCAAGGUAUCUUCCUGGUUGAACUCCAUGGAUUCAGUGUAGGAGGCACUGUACCUCAGCGGUGCUACUUACAGAGCUGGUUUCAUGGAGUCACAUUGGGUGACAGUUUCUCAACCUCCUAGCAGUUGUGUUGUGGAGUUGUCUGUAGAAGGGAAGUGGAGACAAUAUUUGAAAGUCCCUGAUGAAGGACCUGAGAGGUCUGACUCAUGCUCAUUUUUUUAAAAAAAAAAUCUCUCACACACCCCUUGCCUAGUGACUGAAAUCAUUAAAAGGAGACUCUUCUGAUAGUGCUAUACUUUUUGAGGUCAUGUUGUGGUCAAUGGGAGUGUAUAGCCUAUACAAUCUGCUUUAUUUUUUUGGCAUAAGUUAAGAUCAUGUUCAUCCAGUUGUUUCUGAUCAUGGAUACUAGUAUACUUGUUUGGUCACUGGAUGUUAGGUACUAUUAUUGUGUUGGUCUAUUCUUUUAUUCAUUGUAUGGUUAUUUUUAUGUUUUGAAGAUCACUUUAAUAUUUUUAAGUAAUCAACGGUGUAUAAGCAUUUUAAUUAUUUACUUCAUUUUUCUCUCCUGCUUUCUUUUAUAUAAAGCAGUACCAUGUUUUUGUCAGUCUGCCCCAUAAGCUGCAUGCUACAUGAAUCUUAAAACAUUAUAAAUUGCUUCAGAAUACCUCAUGAGAAGCAAUUCAUAAAUUAAAAUAAUAACAAUAACAAAAAUACACAUACGUUUUCAGAAGGUCUUUCAGAACUAGAUAACGUUCUUCAGUCAUUUGGGGGGUGGUACUGGGCAGCCCAGAAAUAGUUGCUUACACUUUGAAGGAUAAUGCAUAUGAAUGUUUCCUGUGUUGCAGGUGAAGAAUGUAGGGAUCUCCUUGUAAAAUCAGGAUGUUUUGCAUUGCACUUUUAAAUAAGGGCACUCUAUAUUAGGGUUAGCUUUGCAGUUAGAAAGUGAACUGAGAUGAUAAGGAGAAAGGGAUUUCAAGACAUUGCGACGGCAUACAAACAAACAAAAUUUCAGUUUGGGUUGUUGCGGGUUUUUUGCAACUUUAUCUAGGGUAAAUCAGUUAUUCCUGUUUACAGCAGAAACUGGACCUGAAGAGUCCUGAUUGGUUGACCCCUUCAGUAUCACAGGGCCAGGUCCCUCUCAAACUUUCCGGAACAGUUUUUUGUUUGCUUUUUGUUUGCUUGUACCAGUAGGGUGGCAAAGUUGCAAGUAAUGAAUGUUCACAUUGCCCUUAGUUUUAAAAUUUUAUUUAAAGGCAGACACCUGGCCUGUAAUGGGUGGAGGGGCAAAACAAACGACAGACUUGGUGUUCAGUUUGCUGGCCAGUAUAUCUGUCAAAAGGUUGUGAAGACAGGGAAGAAGCUGGCUUCAAGCUCUGGAAGGAAAAAGAACAAAAGGGCUUAGAUUUUAAGUGCUUCGCUUUUUUACAGGAAAGGGUUUUUCGGUUUUUGCGUUGCUUCGCUAGACGAUUUUCCCUAUGGGCUCGCUAGACGAAAGGGUUUUUCGGUUUUUGCGUUGCUUCGCUAGACGAUUUUCCCUAUGGGCUUGCUUCGCAAGAUGAAAACGUCUUGUGAGUUUGUUCGCUUUUUUCUUAAAGCCGCUCGAAGAGGCGCAGUUGCGACGGACCGUGCUUCGCAAGACGAAAAACAUCGCAAGACGAAAAGACUCGCGGAAUGAAUUAAUUUCGUCUUGCGAGGCACCACAGUACUUGACAAUUAUUAUACUUUCUGUUAGGUAAUUAGGGGUAGUGAGCCAGUUAGGUUAUUCACAGAUUUAUGGAAGAUUGGGAAAUGCCUUAGGAUGUGAAAAACAGUGCCUUUUUGGUUUCACCUUUUCCUUAAACGUUGGAUGGCAAAAAGGAAUGCAAUUCUGUUUUCUUCUCCUUUUAUGUACUUUAUGAAUCUGCUAAAGCCCAUUGUCACCUAGACUUUUCAGUUGGAAAGCCAAUUGGCCUGGCCAACGAGACUUGCGUGCCAGCAGUAUUUUAUAGUAAUGUUGAGAGCAAUACAGUUCUUGUGCUAAUGUGUAAAAAGCCUGGAGGGUAUAGGCUAGCUAUAUAUAAAUAUCUCAUUGGAGGUAGAAGACAAGGUAGCAUAAAUAAAUAACAUAGAAAAUGACUUUUUAAAAUAGUCACUGGAGGUGAGUGUUGACUUAAAUAAUGUUCUUUAUAAUUGCUUAACUGGUGAAGGAAAGGAGCCUAUUGCAAACCAAGGCCACAGUCUCAGUGUGCUCCUGGACUUAAUGCAAUCUCCUUGCUUGUUCCAAGGAUAUAGUGGACAGCUUAGGAUGUUAUAUACAGCUUGCGGGAGAAGAGUUUCUUAGCUUAAGCAUCUCUUCCCCUCCCCCCUAAGCAGAAUUUGGGAGGACAGAUUGCGGAGUGGGGGGAGAGAAACUGGAAAUCCCAUUGUGCACGUGGGCAGACAUUAUUGGAUGUCUCUCGCUAUUCUGAGUCUUUUGGAAUGCUGCUUCUCUGAACAAUUAUGUUCUAACACCUUCAGUGUAUAUGUGGAUUCAAAAUUGCAGUCCAUAACUAUUGCAAUAACUAUUGCUACUUAGCUGGAAAAGCAAAAGAUUCCUGCAUUGCAGGGGGCUGAACUAUAGAUGAUCCUUGUGGUCCCGUCCAACACCACAAUUCUGUGAUUCUGUAGCUCCAUAUACCUGCUUAACUAUGGUUAGUAGAUACACAGUACUUCAACAUUCUGUAUAUUGGUUAAAAAUUGGAAGUAUUUAGCAUACAAAAGACUUGAAUGAAAAUUUGUGGCACCGUGUGAACAUCUGAGCUAGUAAAUUUUGUGAUUUAAUAAUUAGUUGACGAUGUCAGGAGGGUCUGCCAUAGUCUUGUCUACAAAAAAUAUAUUUACUUCUCUGAAAGAUAGUGCCUUAAGUCUUUGGAGACUGUAACCUUUUAGAGCAAGUUUGUAACCUGUCUUUGUGAGGUAAUGAGAGCCACUAACUUUUUCUCCAGCAAGUGCAUAAUAGAAAACGUAAAAUUUUUGCUUUGUUGUAAAUGUUCAUUUGUAGUGCUUUCUGCAAUGAAGAACACUUGCAAACAAAACUGGACAUUUUCAGUCAACCCUAAAGUUAACUAUUAAAUGAAUGUCUUUCCCUUCGAUGCCACUCUGAGCCCGGCCUUGGCUGGGGUAUAAAUAAUAAUAAUAAUAAUAAUAAUUAAUAUCAUUAAUGUUACUAGUAGCUUAAUUCAUGCUGAUAAAGAUGAAAUGUAUCUUAAUAGUAAAGCAGCAAAGUCUAUUAUUAAUCACUGAUAUUGUGAAUUUGCUUCACAUUGAGGUAUCCAUUUAUACAUAGGUCUAAAAAUAGCUUGACUAUAGCACAUUUUCAGUGGCAUAUAUUUUUCUUCCACCUUUCCUUAUUUUUGAAGUUGCAUUAUUAGAGGGAGGUUUUGUGGCUCCUGCCAACGGUGGUGGUGGGGGUAGUUUCUGCCCAUGAUAAGGAAUCCUAGAUCUGUAAUUUCCUUACGUGUUUUAGGUUAAAUGCCUACAAGUGAAAUUGUUGGGAGGGAAAAGGAUUGUUUAAAAUGCAUCUUGCAUUGUUAAAAAUGCAUCUUGCAGUCCUGUUUAAGAAUGAUUUGGUUUACGAACUCUGCAAAACCGGAAAUAGUGUCCCGGUUUGAGAACUUUACCUUGGUCUAAGAACAGAAUCCAAACGGCGGAAGGGCACUGGCGGCAGGAGGCCUCAUUAGGGAAAGCACACUUCGGUUUAAGAAUGGUUUCAGUUUAAGAACGGACUUCCGGAACGGAUUAAGUUUGUAAACCGAGGUACCACUGUAUAUCCAUUUUUUGGGAUGGGUGUGUGUCCAAAAAAAAGCAUUUCAUUGGAUUAUUUGCUAAUUUUCUGAGUGCAGCCAGAAAUAAUUCUAUUUAGAUGCUCUGCAUAUAGUACAUAGAGUCUAAAUAUGAGCACAGCUAAAAUCCCAUUUCCAGUCAUGGCUGUAAUGCAUGUUAGAAAUGUGAACAAAACUUUGCGUUAUAUCUAUAUAUAUACAACCAACUAAUAUUAAUGGUGUCCCAAGCUAAGAGAAAACUGUUGUAUUAUUUAUCGUAGCUGCUACAGUUUGAGUACCAUUUUCUAGUAAGUAUGAUCAGGUAAUAAGACUUCAUUGAAGGAUAUGAAUAUUUAAAACUCUGCCCUGUUUAAGCACAGGAGCCCUUUGAGAAUUUCAUCUCUAGACUUCAAAGUAUCUCAUUGGGAGUUGAAUACACUACUAUAACCUUGAUGGGUCUUUCAGAGGAAUAGUACAUUCCUCCAGUUCUCCAAGGGCAGUAAUUUCCAUAGGUGAAAUAUAUAUUUAAGAAAUGCUUACCUGUUACCUUUUGGAAUCAAAAAAAUCUUUGUAGUUUAGAGAAUUGUAUAAUUAUAAUACAGUCUACUAGAAGGGAGAGAGUCUUCAACCAUUAACUUUUUGUCCUGCAAAUAGUUUGCACCGUCAUUGUUUUACAAGGUAUGCAUGAACUAGUAUAGUUGCUUUAAAGAAGUAAGACUUGAUUAACAUGUUUUGAAAAACCAGUUUCCUUAGCUAAGCAGAAACUUUGCUAAGGUGAGUGGGCAGGAGUGAUGUUAGAGGGCAAGGUAAGCAAAAGCAGCAGAAUGUCUCCAGGCAGCAGGUGUGUGAAUUCUGUAAUGACUGGGUGGUCCCCAUUAAAUGUCAUUAUGGAAGCGUGGCAAGUUAAAUUUUUGAGUCCCCAAUAAAUAAAGCUGGUUAAUCAAGUCUAGUUAUGUCAGGGAAAAACAUACCUAUAUGUCUUGGCUUCAUACACUUUUGUAAAGGAAUUGCAAACUGAAUUUAAUAUCUCCAAGCCAUUUUCGUGUGUCUCUGUUUAUAGGGAGGCUUUAUCACAGUUGGUUUUGCUUUAAACUUGAUAUAAAUUCAGAGCUGAUUUUUGGAAUGGAGACAACUUCAUCCUAGCAGUGGAUUUUUGCUAAUUUGCAACCUAAUUAUAUGCUUUACUCAGUCCUAGUCAAUGAUGUGCAGUGUUAAGUUUCCCCCCAGGUCUUAAGUUCAUUAGUAACAAAGAACGGAUGCCAGUUGAAAAUACAGUAUUAGGCAAGCUUGGUAGUUUCAAUGUUUUUAGCUUUGCGUACUAAAUUCAAGUAAAAUAAACAUAUUAAAUUAGAUCUCACUUUAGGGCAUCAAAAAAAGUUUCACUGCAGAUUACCCUAAUUUCCCAGUUAAUUUUUUCUCAGAAAACAUACAUCUCUGGGGCAAGUUCUUGUAUUACCAUGGCAGCAUAAGACCCACUGCUCCUUCCUGCGCCAUCAGAGAAUUUGAGAAGUCCAAGACAAUAUGAAAAGAGUCCAUUCUGCAGUUCCUGCCAGCGUUGAACCCUGGAUUGAUGGUGUCAUAUAGAUGAAUGAUGGCACAGGCUUCUCCUGCAUGGUUUGGAGUGUUCUCUUGGCAGUAUAGGAAGUGGGGGGGGGGAGGGUAAAGAACACCUGGACUGUUAAGUCCAGUCAAAGGUGACUAUGGGGUUGUGGCGUUCAUCUCAAUUUCUGGCCAAGGGAGACGGCGUUUGUCCACAGACAGCUUUCCGGGUCAUGUGGCCAGCAUGACUAAACUGCUUUUGGCUCAACGGAACACCGUGACGGAAGCCAGAGCGCACGAAAAUGCUGUUUACCUUCCCACCACAGUAGUACCUAUUUAUCUACUUGCACUGGCGUGCUUUCGAACUGCUAGGUUGGCAGGAGCUGGGACAGAGCAACAGAAGCUCACUUUGUCACAGGGAUUUGAACUGCCAACCUUCCGAUCUGCAAGCCCAAGAUCACAGCGCCAGAGCACACACCAAAACCACCGUGGCAACUUAAAAUGUGCCAUUCAAGAUAACUCUCACUGGGGUCAAUAAGUGUUGCUUCCAAGUAAAAUUUGGUAGUAAAGUGAGAAAGAGAGAUGGUGGCUUUCUUGCCAUAGGCCAUUGGUUCAGCUGUUAUCACUGUGAGGUGAUCAAGGGGGGGGGGAGAUCCAGAUAAUCUGCACCAGGAGGUAGCAGUGAAGACACGAAGCAUAAGCAAGAAGGCGGUCAUCAGCUAGCACCCACCACUGGUAUCAGCAACCCAUGCUGGAAAUUGCUAGCCCAGACGUGUGGAACCUGUGGCCCUCCAGAUGUUGCUGGACGCACAACUCCCACCAGCCCCAUCCAGUUUGGCCAGUGCUCAGGGAUGAUGGGAGUUUUUGUUUGGCAACCGUGUGCUUGCGUAAUCCUGACCAGGAUUUUCCGUCUCCUACUCUUACCUCCCAACUGUUAGUGGUAAGGACAUCUGUCUUCUUGAAACUGCCUUGCCAGAUGUACUGUCUAGAAUUGGGCAUUUAACUACUUUAAAAAGAUAGUUGGUUGGCUAAAAGAAUUGAUUGAAGCCUUAAUAUUAUGCGAGCAAAUCAUCAGCAUGUUUGAUGCUUAAUGCUAAUUACUAAAAAAAAUAGCUGUCAUUAGGCAACCUAAAGAAGCAGUGGAUUUUAUUUAUUAUGCCUUCCUUGAAGGCACUCCCAUUUUAUUCUCAACAGCUCUGUGAGUUAUCUUUAAGCUGAGUGUGUGUGGCCAGCCCAAGGUUGCUUAACAAACUUAAUGGCUGAGUGACCAUCUAAAUCUUAGUCCAGUCCCAUAAGGCAAAGCAACCUCUUCAACUGAUGACUUGCUGUGUUCCUUUUUGGAACUCUGUUCCUAUUUGGAGAUGUCUGCAGUUAUAGCAGGUGUUGGCGAGAGAAGCCUUGUGACUUCUGUGAGGCUAUAUAGUGGUACCUCGGGUUCCAUAUGCUUCAGGUUACAUACACUUCAGAUUACAGACUCCGCUAACCCAGAAAUAGUGCUUCAGGUUAAGAACUUUGCUUCAGGAUGAGAACAGAAAUCAUGCUCCGGUGGUGCGGCGGCGGCAGGAGGCCCCAUUAGCUAAAGUGGUGCUUCAGGUUAAGAACAGUUUCAGGUUAAGUACGGACCUCCGGAACAAAUUAAGUACUUAACCUGAGGUACCACUGUUGAGGCAAGCUGUCCUUGCUCCUGCUCUUACUAACAAGUGACUCCAUAAUGAAAUGACUUGAGCAAUCAUCUCUGUGGAAAGUGGGCCUGUUCUGCUCAUGCUGCAGAACACUGAGUUCUUAAAAGAAGUGUCCCAUCCAUGCACGUAACCGUAUAUGAUCAGCUUAAUUUCAUUAUGUGCCCUGGACCUUUUCCUGGGCCAGUCUGUGUAAUAACUCACCUCUUAGGCCAGUUUAGAUGCCCAUCUCGGUGCAUUCGGUGCAUGUUGUCACAGCCACCCUGUCCACACACUCUACUGUAACUUAAGCCUUAGUGUCUAUAACUGAAAUGAUACACAUUCUUCCCCUGUUUACCUCUGCCUGGUGGUGCAACUAGUCUAGUCUUGAGGACAAAAUCCAGGCUGUCAUAGCCGGUGGUGGGGAGCAGGUGACCAUCCAGACCAGGGUUUGAAAUUAGCCAGGCGCAUUUUGUACCUAAAGAUUCUCUGUUUACGAGCACCUCAAAAAGGCUGGGCACCAUUUUUUGUGUGACACUCAAGGAUUACUGAAAUUACGUGCUUUGAAGCCUGGAAGUAUAUGUUAAGGAUAGACAGGAUAGAUAUGUUAAGGAGUUUAACAAUAAAGAGUACAGUGGUACCUCAGGUUAAGUACUUAAUUCGUUCCGGAGGUCUGUACUUAACCUGAAACUGUUCUUAACCUGAAGCACCACUUUAGCUAAUGGGGCCUCCUGCUGCUGCUGCGCCGCCGGAGCACAAUUUUUGUUCUCAUCCUGAAGCAAAGUUCUUAACCCGAGGUAUUAUUUCUGGGUUAGCGGAGUCUGUAACCUGAAGCGUAUGUAACCCGAGGUACCACUGUAGAGUGUUUUGAAAACUGAAGUACGGUACCAAUAUUUUUAUUGUAAAUGCCAAAUUAAGCAUGUCUUAACAAUUUUUGCUAAAAAUGUGAAACUGACAGUGUGUCACUUAUGUGAAUUGCAUAUUAGUUCAUGCUUAUCAAAGUAAUAAAUAAAAAGUGUUGCCGGCACCCCACCCCAGGUCCCAGAAGCCAUUUGGCUCCUAGAUUUUUUAUCACUGUUGCUAACACUGAUCCUAGAGAGUAGGAGAAGAUGGGGACAGUGGCAAAGGGGUCCUACAUUGGUACCUGGGUUACAUGUCAGCGCUCAGUGGGACUGAUGUCAAUUGUGGGUAGCACCCUUCUUAUUUUUAGGAAGGUUUUUUAACCUGGGGUGGUUUGGCAUGUCCAUGUUUACAGAAUCUCAUACAUCUUAUCACAUAUAUUAAACUUUUCUACAGCAAAAUGGUAUUUGUUUGUAGUGUGUCUAGCAUCAGGGCAGCAGAAUCAAACUCUCUGAUUCCUAUUAGAAUGUGAAACUGCAUUUGCUCAGAAUAUUUCUUUUCUUUUAUCAGAGUCGGCAAACUGUUUUGGUCUAUUUGUUUUUCUGUAAUGUACCAGGAAUGUAGAUUUUGUGUUCUUCAGAGCGGAAUUCGUACAAAAGUAAUACUGUUAAGGCUGGGGUCAAAAUUGCUUGGUUGCACCACCUGCCUCUACUUCCUCUGUGGUCUCCCUGUGUCAAAUUAUAGAUAGUAUGCUAAGUCAUCUGGGUAGAGACUUUUGUAUCUGUAAAGCACUAUGCACAUUGAUGGAAACAUAUAUAUAUAUUUAUAUAUAUAGAGAGGGAGUAAGCUGCCAUUUCCUACACAAUAGUCUUGGAACAUCUGAUAAUAUUUGGCUGUGGCUCAGUAAUACAUGGCUUAGUUGGUGAUAUUUGACAUAUCAAAUUGAUCAGCAACACAUACUUUGCCAUCCUGCUUGCAGAUUUUCUUCCUAAACCCCCUUAAGUCUAUAGAAGAGUACACUGAUCCCCAAAGGUAUUGUGGCAGUAUGUAGUUGUUAAAUCCUGAGAACACUUGGCAUCCUUUUUAAAAAGUAACUUGCUUAUAUUCAUGGUUGCUGUACUUAUUUAAGACACAUGGAUGUUUCAAACACAAAUCUUAUUUCAACCCCAUCGGAUUAUUAGCAUGCUGUUUGCCAUAGGUUCUUUCUUUCCUGCAUCCUUUCUGUUCCCUACCUUCCUGUUCACCUUUGCUGGUAGUGAUAUAUAAAACAGUAGAGAGAUGGAUACUCUUAAGAGUGUGGGAGGAUGUGGCUGAACAUGAACUGUCUGCUUUUGCCAAGUGUCUGUAUUCAAAGCCAGUGGUAGUUCAGUAGUUGUCAUUGCCACAUUUAUAUUUCUCGGUUAACUCUGUAAUUAAACAACAUCAUCAUCAUUCUAUACCUGCUUUUCUCAACCUUGGAUCCCCAUAUACUGUUGGACUACAAUUCCUAUCAUCCCUAGCUAGCAGAACCAGUGGUCAGGGAUGAUGGGAGUUGCAGUUCAACAACAUAUGGGGACCCAAGGUUAAGAAAGGCUGGUCUAGACUCUAGGACUUUGCCUUAGAAUUAGGUUUUUAAUCUGCUUUGGAAUGUAUUUACAUUGUUUGAAAACUAAUGAUCAUGAAGAAUAAAAAUGUGCCACCAUUGUUAAUUGGAUUGUUUCUAAUGUCUAUUUUUGUGGUUUAAUAAAUAUGCAGUAUGCAUAUAAUCUAAGUACUCACUUGGCAAUUUAAAUAUCAAAAUGUCUGCACCCAGUUAGAUUACUUAAAUCCCAUUGACUUGAGUGAGAUUUAAGCAGUUUAACUAUGAGCAGAUUUGGAGUCCUAGUCUAAUUAAAAAAGGUUGCUGGACCUGCUCCAUGCUCUUAAUGUGUCUAAUCCCAAACAUACUUCAACCACUGCAUAAAUAUGAUCUUGGAAUUGUUAAAUACUGGGGUUAUGUGGCUUCCAGUGUGACUCUAUGCACUGACGUAUUACAGCAAAACUGCUAUCCGGUUUUUUUUAUCUCUAUAAAUUUAAGAAAAAAGAGAAUACAGUACAUAUUAGCAUCUGAUUGUAAUUUUUCUGUUUUUAUUUUUAAGACAAGCAAAAAUCAAAUUAAAGUAGAUCUUGUAGAUGAAAAUUUUACAGAACUAAGAGGAGAAAUAGCAGGACCUCCGGACACACCAUAUGAAGGCAAGUAAUAUUUUUUGUAUAAGCCAUAGUACAUUUACACGUCUUAUCACUUGAAGUUAAAGUUUAUAAGAAAUUGUAUUGUGGCCCAUCUUGAAGCCUGUUAUUGAACUACAUUUUUUUUUUAGUGCAGUUACAUAAGAUAAAUAAAGAUUGCUUCUUUGUUUGUAGCAUAUAUCUGUUCAAGCUAGUUUGUGCACAUAGUAUUUUAGAAAACUUUGGGCUGCACUUUUGCAGGAGUUGGUAAUGACUUGUGUGUUUGACCUGAUAGAAAUGUAUGAAUAUCUUUAGUUGAACAUAAUUUAUUGUAUAGACACCUUGGAAGUAGUAGUGCAAUUGGGGCGGAAUUUCUGGGGGCCCCCCUAAGAGUUCCAUAUUAAUGAUACAGUGACCUACUUUCAUAAACAUUUGACACUGAACAAUGCCCAGUAAGAGGAAGUAGAGUCUGCAAGCAUUUUUAAGGACCAGAUUUUCAGGCCUUAAGUUAAAAUUCAGCUGCUUGACAGGCCUUUCAGCUCACUUCCUCCCACCCCCUUCUCUUGUCCCUCUUGACAGAGAGUAGUAAAUUAAUUCCAAGCAAUUGGUGGGUAUCUAUUGACAAUGUAAAAAGUUGAAGUGUACUCUCGGGACCUGUCUCUCUUGCUUAUGUUAGCUACAUAAAGCGCCAUGUGAUAGGUUAAGAAUGAAACAAAUAAUUACAAUCUGUGGCUUUUGAAAAAUACGGAGACCACCAAAUAUUUAGUGAGCUAGUUACUGUGAAUUAGUGUAUACCAGGGGUUGUCAACCUGGUCCAUAACCACCCACUAGUGGGCGUUUCAGGAUUUUAGGUGGGCGGCAGGGGGUUCUACGGCACAAGCUGAAUCCUCCUUCCAUCGAGCACUGGUAGGCGGUAAGGAAAUUUUACCAUCAAGAAAGAUGCAUUAGUGGUCGGUAGGUAUAAAAAGGUUAACUACCCCUGGUAUAGACUGUUACCUUUCAGGGGUGCUUCCACUUGUUAAAAACAAAUGCACAAGUUUUCUCCUUCACUGAGAUGAGCUUUCAGUAAGUAGUGAAUCGCUAAAGAACAUUUGUGCAUAGGAUGGAUAUAUAAAGAAGCAAGAUACACGUGCAUAUGUCUAAGGUGGUACGCAUUAUGUGUACCACCUUAGACACAUGAUGCUGAUGACAGGCAUCUGUCCGUGAAUCAAGGAGGGAAGAAAUCCCACCGCUCCCCAAAUCUGCAUCAGGGGGACGUGGACCCUCCAGAGCAGUUUGGAGGGCUGCAAGGAUAUGAGAAAUUGCCCAAAAAUGCUUGCUUCUCCGUUCUGCAGGUGUAUGUCUGCCAUCUUUGGGGGCAGGAGGGAAGAUGCCACUCAUUAUUUCUUGUAAUAUAAUUGUUUUAAAAAGCCAAUUUCAUCACCCAUUCUUUGAAGUUGGCUUGUUUUUGAAACUGAGCUUAGUUAAUGUUAAGCCACGAUCCUUGGUUUGGACAAAAUGGGAAUGUGUGGUGUGGCUUACUAAAUAAAAGAGCAGAAUCUUCCGACGUCAUCCUUCUGGCCAUAUGGGAGGGAGAACAUGCAAGCUCAGCUCACUGUGGUUCAUGCAUGUCACAAUAAACCAUAGUUUAUCAUGAAAUCCAAAUGUGGCUGCCAUCUCUCCCAGAAGAACAGUCCUUACAUUACAAAUCCCAGGACCCUCGAGUUAUGUUGAAAAGUGCUUAUUCCAAUAAGUCACAGAGUGAGAGACCUUUUGUAUACUCUGUGUUGAAACUGAAAUUCUCCACUCCCAAGCUACUUUAGAGAGGCUUCUGGGAAUCUUAAACUGCUAACUCAAAAUCUUUGAUUUCCAAACUGCGUGUAUUAAUAAGUUUUUAUCUCUCUUCAUUCUUGCCUUUUAGUAUAGUUAUAGGACACCAUCCAGUCUUCUAGUCUCAUUUUACACCACAAAUGCAGCUCCUUCAGUCUAGAGUUUGUUCUGCCUUUUCAGUUUGAAUCUGCCCUACUUAAACAUAAGAAUCCAAAAUUGGGCACAGUGUUCUUGUCAGUGCAAUGUACAACAUGGGUGCAUCAUUUCUUCCACUUGAACUACUGUUCUUACUACCUUUUAAGCAAAUGUGUGUUUGCUGCCUUUGCAGUUACAUUACUUUGCCGCAUGGUCCUCUUUCCACUGACAAAGAUUUCUCGAUCUUUCCUAAUGUCUCAUGAGUUCUCAUUCAGCAGCAAAAAUGUUUGUUAACAGCUCCCAAAUGCAUGAUUUUACGCUUCUUAACUUUCCAUUCAUUUUGCAUAACUUGUGCAGUUAAGAAUUGGGUGUCAUCAAAUAAUUUUAUCAGUGUUCCUACUUCCCUCCCUAGACCUGCUAGUGAAAUCACUGAGCAGAAGGCAUCCCAAGACUCAUCUUAAGGGAGGGAGUUUCCUUCAACUUAAAAGUUUGCCUUUUGCCUUAACAAUUUGCCUUUGCCUGUCUUAGUCGAUAUUGGUGGUGGUGUUUUUUUUCCCAUUCCAUGUUACAAAAUGGCCACACUAGACACUUUAGUUGAUAUUCAUAACAACUGGAAUUGCUGGCAAAAUUCCCCCAAGGUGAGCUUUUUAAUGUCCCUGAAUUCUUUGCUGGCACUUUCAUAAUCUGAGUUGGAGGAGAAUUCUUGGCUUCUCUCUCUGUCUGGGCAUCCCAGAGGCCUUGCCACUGUCCCUGACUGCUGUUAGCAACUAUAUGCUGGUAUGCUGGAGAGGAUAGUCUCUUCCCUUCCCCUUCCUCCCUCCCUCGUCCUUUUCUCUUUCUGAAGUGUGGAAAAGUGGCACAUAUUCCUGGGGCCCAUAGGAGCUGCAGUGAUUACAGUUUGCAUCCCCCUUUCACUCAUCUCCCUGUGCAUUGCUGCUGCUGCUUCAACCAACUGCGUGCCAGAGAAGGGGAGAUGUUGUGCCGUGAGAGUAGCUGGCAGUGAGGGCUUCUGGGGACAGGGAGGGCAGCCAGGUACAGGUGGAGGGUUUGGUUUUUUUAAUCUCAGAUUCUCAGGAAAAAAAAUAACCGCCCCUACCUUUCUUUCCCAGAAGAACUUAAAUUAUUUCCAGGUUAACCCAAAGCAGAUUUUAGAGACCAUGCCCAUCUCUAGUAUCUUCUCUUUCCAAAAGGCCAGUUAUUUUGAAUAAGAAAAUGUGUAUGGGAAUCAUGGGUUGUUUGUGUUUUGCUAUGUUGCUGUUUAUGUGUAUGGUCUCACAAGGGCUGCUACUUCAUUGAAAUGAGCGAACCAUGCCAUGUGUCGGUGGCUCGAUCAACAAGAAAAUAGGGGAACUGACAGGAUUUAUUAUCUUCUCUAAAGCUGUAUCUCAUUGUUCUUCACGAAGAAUAAACAGGAAAAUUCCCCACCCCAGGAGUUUAAAAAGCAUGUUAUUGUUAUUUAUUGUUUGUAGUGUGAAGUUCUAUCAUGUCAUUGUUAUUGAUGGAUUGUAAGCUGCUUUGGGGUUCGUUUGAAUGAAAAGCAGCGUGGUUAAUAAAGCAAAUCAAUUAAAUAAAAAAUAGUGAGACGGCAAGGACAGGGAAAUGCAAGGUGAGUUGGAAUAAAUGUGGAAGAGUUUUGGUACAAUCGCUGUUGAAAAAGACCUGUUGCACAUAGGAAUGUAAAAGCUACAAGUCAUUUUAUUAGGAUUGCUUCUGUCUGAAAGUAAAUGAGCUGUUAACUUAAUUUUCUAAGACAAAAAGUUAAAAUGCCAUUUGAUUCCCUUAUUCAGUCUUUUGGUAAAAUACUACUGGCAAAGUGUAUAAUAUUUGUGUGUUGGCUUUUGCAGGAGGAAGAUAUCAACUAGAAAUAAAAAUUCCAGAAACAUAUCCAUUUAAUCCCCCAAAGGUACAGUGAGCAUAAAUUCUUGUGAAUAAUUGUCUAGAAUGUUUCUGUGUAGUAGGUGUUUUGUUUUGUUAUGCAGUGCUGUUACCCCCCAGAUCUUUCUGGAUCGACACAGAAACAGCAGUCAUUCACCCCUCAUCAUUUUAUGUCAAUAGUCCCUGGUCACAAAAUAUUACACAGCUGGCAAAGCAAUGAUGGAACUUUUUAAAACAAAACUGCCUUCAACAAAACCUUGUUGUGAACAGCUUAGUUCACCCCCACCCUAUUGCUCUCUGCUUCAAAACCAAUAUGAAGGCAGUAACUGUUAGAUCUAGGUUGAAUUGUAUAUAUAAUAUUUAUUAAUAUAUAUGUUUUAGUAUAAUAGAAAUAUUACACAUACUUUUUAAACUUCAGGGUGUCUCAAGACUCUUUUGGUUUUGCUACAACAGACUAACACAGUUACCCUUCUGAAAAUUGCUAUAAGGAUGCAUCUACAUUCCUUGUGUUUCUCAAAUCACUUGGCAGCCAUAGAUAACCAGGAAUUCCACGCAGGCAGGUAACAAAGGGAUGGAUUUCUCUGUCAUCUGUCUGCUUUCUUAUAAGGUCAUUUUUUAAACUAGUCUGCUAAGAGGUAUCACAUCAGAUUGCUGUGGGAGCUCACCCAAGAAAAUGUUCUCCAUGCCAGAAAACACUGCAUUUCAAUAAGUACAAAACUAUCAUAUUUAGGUGUUUUUUUAUCUCAGAAAUCUUGAUCAUCAAUAUUAUGGAGCAAUAUUUUUUCAUGUGGCGAAGCAUCCAGUCAUGUGAGCUCCUACCUGCAUUCUGCUGUGGUGGAACCAUAUAUUGCCAUUUGUGAAAACAGUUGGAGGUUUGCCCAUUAAAAUAUGUAGAGGUUGUCUUGCAUACUUAGCAGCUAAUUUAAUAGAAUUUUUUGCUUUAUGUUCUAGGUGCGGUUUAUCACAAAAAUAUGGCAUCCUAAUAUUAGCUCAGUCACUGGGGCUAUUUGCUUGGAUAUCCUAAAAGAUCAAUGGUAAUGUUGUGCAUUAAGUUCUUGAAGAUCCUCCAGAUAAUUGGACAAUCGUCUGUUUACAAAUGUAGUAAAAAUGAAUUAUUGUUUGUUGAGUGAAGUUAUUAACAAUGGAUUAUUGAUUAAAUGAGUAUACCACUGUUCAUCUGAAGAACAGAGGGCAGUUGGAUGGAUGGAACACAAUGGAUGGAAAAAUCAUUUUCAUUCUCUACUUAUAUUUUUCAUAGGAAUUAGAAAUAUAAUGUGCAUUAACUGUUUCCUAAUUUUUAUUGCUUUACUUUACAGUGGUUUGACAGUUUAGAAUGCCACCCCCCUACAUCUUUUUUACUGCACCUCUUGGUUUUUAUUAAUCAUAGUUUGCUGUGACAUCUGAACUGACACACUAUGGUUAGUGCUUACAUCCAAACCAUGGUUUCUGGUCUGUCAUAGUUGGAUGAUUUGAAUGGCAAACUAUGGAUAGCAAAAAGAAGGAAGUGAAUGAGGGAAGCAUGAAAGGGGUCCAAAUGUGUGACUGCUCCCCUUCAUUACACCACUGAGCUGUUUUUACUUACGAAUUUAGAAAACUGGAUGACUUUUCCGAUUAGGAGUGCUCUGUACAGCAGUGUUAGCCAUAGGUGAUCGCUGAGUUUUUACUGCUUUUUUGACUUUUCUGUUUCUUAGUAUGAACAGGAAUUGGAGGCUAGAUCCCCCAUGUGAUCUUCAGCUCUGUUCUGGAGGGUCCCCCAACUCUCUGGAGUCAACACUCAGGGCACAGUGGGGACCGCAGGGAGGAAUUGGUAAAAAUUGCCUCCUCUCUUCUGUUAGUUGAGACAUUCUUGUUGUUGUUGUUUAGUCGUGUCCAGCUCUUCGUGACCCCGUGGACCAGAGCACACCAGGCACUCCUGUCUUCCACUGCCUCCUGCAGUUUGGUCAAACUCAUGCUGGUAGCUUUGAGAACCCUGUCCAACCAUCUCGUCCUCUGUCGUCUCCUUCUCCUUGUGCCCUCCAUCUUCCCCAACACCAGGGUCUUUUCUAGGGAGUCUUCUCUUCUCAUGAGGUGGCCAAAAUAUUGGAGCCUCAGCUUCAGGAUCUGCCCUUCCAGUGAGCACUUAGGACUGAUUCCCUUAAGAAUGGAGAGGUUUGAUCUUCUUGCAGUCCAUGGGACUCUCUCCUCCAGCACCAUAAUUCAAAAGCAUCAAUUCUUCGGCAAUCAGCCUUCUUUAUGGUCCAGCUCUCACUUCCAUGCAUCACUACUGGGAAAACCAUAGCUUUAAGGGUCUCCAAAGUGCUUUUACAGUUUGGUUGGAAGCAUUAGUGGACAGAUAGAAUAGCUGUAGAUUUAGGAUUUGCUCUCCUUGAGGCAUAAGACCUGUGCCUGAAAUAUAUCACUUCAGACUGAAUAUGGGGCUCAUGUGGUUGAAAAUUAGGUAUCAGGGAGGAUUCUACCUAAGUUGUGUUUUUUUUAAUGUGGGGAAUGUGCUGUCUGCCUCUCACGCACACACAAGGGCACAUUCCCUCAUAUGAGCCCCCAACCUAAAGGCUGAAGUAUAGCUCAGACACAGGUUUAUCGUCUCAGUGAGAACUUGGCCAUCAUUUUAGCCUUAAUGUCAAUUAAUUAGUGUGAUUGAUGCAAACUGUGGCAAAUGAGUAGCCCAGGCAUUCUCCUCUGGUUGAGUGGUACAAUUAAUGCAUGGCAGGGAAAGAUGAUUUUAAAUAACAGAGUUGAAAUUAUUCUAAAGGCAUUGCAAUCGGAUUUUUGUGUGUGGAUAAUAAUGUGAAUUUUAUUAUUUCUAAUUUAUUCUUAGGGCUGCAGCAAUGACUCUUAGGACAGUGUUGUUAUCACUGCAAGCACUCUUGGCAGCUGCGGAACCUGAUGACCCCCAGGAUGCAGUAGUGGCAAAUCAGGUAUGAUGCUUAGGAAAACUCUAGUUCUCUCUAUUCAUAAUACUUUUCUCUCUUCAGAAGUACACUGACAGUUCCCAGAUUUUGAGUUUUAAUUAAAUCUGUAGGACACAGGCUAGUGAAAUACUUAUUUGCUCUCUGAGAACUCAGAAAAUGCAGGAUUGGUGCAGUUCCUAAAAUAGGACCUAUUAUAGCAUAAACCUUUGUGAAUUUAUUAUUAUUAUUAUUAUUAUUAUUAUUAUUAUUAUUACUACUACUACUACUACUUAGGAGUAUGUGCAGUGUCACAACUCUCAGCAAAACAAACAUUUUGCCCACCUUGAUAAAUAAAAAGAAAAUACUCUGUGUAUGUCUGGUUUUAUAUUUUAAAUUACCAAAGCCAGACUAAACGUCUUUCCUUCUGCAGUGUUGGAUGGCAGGUUGAGAGGAGUUCCCUAACAGGACAGACUUUGCUCGUGUGCUCAAGACUUCGAUUCCAUAAAACAUAUUUUGUUGCACUGUGCAAAAUAUGAGCAAGCCAGGGCUGAACUGAUAUUACCCUUGCUGGUACCUUCCCCGGGAAAAUCAGAGGCUCACUAUGUCAGGUUCCUAUUGGAAGACUGGACAAAUGCUAGAACAUUAGCAGUGGCCAAGUUUUUAUUGGUGGUUGCAAGAACCAAUGAUCCCUAUAUUCUGAACAAAAUGCUUGUUUAACCUGGAGGUAGGCUGUAUGAAUUGUGUAUUGCUUUGUAACGAUUUGUUGGGUCUCUAGACCGUAAUAAAGGUUGUUGAUGAUGAUGAUUUUAAAUCAACUGAUAAUUGUUUUUGCUCACUUCUGGCAUUGGGCCAGUUACCGGCUCUCAGCCUGGCUACAAAAGGGGACAUGGUGCUUGUAUCAUAGGCAUCAAUUUUUGGUUCCUUCAACCAGAGUUAGGCCAGCUGGUUGUUAUAGCUCUUCAGUAGAUGUAUACAAAAGUUUUCAUGUUGUUCAUAGAGUUACUGAAUCAAAUUUAUAAAAUCAAAGCACACACAUGGACACACACUAACUACCGUAUAUAAAAGUGGCAGGAAUAUUGUCUUGUUUAAAAGGUCUCUGUAUGAAGAGGAAAGAAGCCUGUCAUUGUUGCACCAUUGGCAGUCAUCUUCAUUGCUUUUAAUUCUAACCAAUUCUGCUUUGAAUAAGAGUUUCUGUCAGCAAUAAAUGUAUUGUAGAAAGGCAGUUGCACUGUCUUCUCGCCUACCUGUGGUUCUUUGGAGUCUUAAGGUAUAUUUAAUCAUCAACUGCAAUUAUUCAGUGACAAAACAUAUCAGACCAUUAGGCAUGUAUAUCCCAGAUUGGAUGCCAAAGUAAGCCAGACAGAGCAGUUUGAAUGCAAAAAUUCUCAAAUUUGGACAGUUGUAUGACUUAUUUUUUUCCCUUUUUGCUAUAGUACAAACAAAAUCCAGAAAUGUUUAAACAGACAGCUCGACUUUGGGCACACGUGUAUGCUGGAGCACCAGUUUCUAGUCCAGAAUACACCAAAAAGAUAGAAAACCUUUGUGCUAUGGGCUUUGAUAGGGUGAGUAUUGGUGACUCUUACAAAAGUGAUAAACCACAGCGUGUCUAUCCUUCUCUAUGCAGCAACAUAACUUUGGAUACAAGGCAUACUCUUUGCUUACUUGGGUAGAAGCUUCUCUUAGAUUAUCUGUGUAUUAUGCCUUGAUUAACAGCUUUUUCACUACUUCCGAAGCUCAAGGAAAUCCGUUUAACGCCUGAUUUUCUGUUAAGUAACUGACUUUAAUUUAGCCAUGGUCAAACUGACGAGUAAAGUUUCCUUCAGGCUCAUGCUGUAAUCGGUUUUAUAUAAAGAACAGGUGCACACACUGACUUGAGUCCUUUUUUCUUUUUGUCUUUGCAGAAUGCAGUAAUAGUGGCCUUGUCAUCAAAAUCAUGGGAUGUAGAGACAGCAACAGAACUACUUCUGAGUAACUGAGCCAUGUGCAGAGAACUGCUUCUGUAGCCCAGCUUGCCCUUUCUUGAGGAGCCUCACCAUCUCUUAUUUUUAGGUUUCUAUAUAGAUUCUCUUUCAAAACUGGCAUUCUUGCCUGAUGCUAUCUAGGCAUUAUUGGAGACUGAAAAAAAGGAAAAAAAACCUGCUCUGUAAAUAAAGCUAAUUAAACGUCUGUGUAAAUUUAAAAAAAGGAGGAAAUACUUUAAUUUUUUCUUACUAAAUAUUGUAAAUUCCUUGAGCUUGGCUAAAACAAUGGGGGACAACAUGCCUACUUUAGUCUUAGCAGUGUGACCCAAGACUAGAAGGAAUUUGCAUCAGGAUUUUGACUUUUAAGAAUUUAUUCAGAACACAUCUGAUUGUGUCCAUAAUCAUCAGUCAUUGAUGUCACUCAUCCCAGCUACCUUACCUAUGUUUUUUUAACAUGGAUCCUACGUGCCUGUGGACCUUAUAUUUGCAUGCUUGUACUUUACAUAGACACUUUUAAAGAAAAAAAAAGUAGGGUAAACUGAACAGAGCACUGUUUGAAGUACUUGAGUAUUCAUUCUUGUAACUUUUUCCUAAGACUUUCCAAAUGUGCUCAUAGAUCAAAAUGACAGCCUACUCGGAAAUGUUUUCACCUCUUAAGGAGUAGCAAUCCUCCAUUUCUUCUUUACCUCCCCCUCUCCCUCCCAACUGCACAUGCAACUAAAAUAACACACUAGAACUUCCAGAAUUUGUGGGUAUGUGCCAUUUAAAGUAGCCUAGUUUCCCACUUCCAAGUGGUCUAUUUUGAAUAACCAGUAAAAGUGUUUCAAACAUUGUAAUUUCUACACAAUUGUAUAAAAGGUUUGGUAUAUCUGGACAUAGCACAAGCAAGUGGAGCUGCUCUUUUGUUUCUUAUGCAGAAAUCAAACCUCUUUCAAUAAAUUCUGGAUAGAAUGAAUUUGCCGAGAAGAAUUGGUUCUCUGUUAACACUGAGAAUGCCACCUCUUUUCUCUAGUAUUUGCUGUGAUGCAAUCAGUUUGGGGGCAAAAGCUUCCUAGUUUUUACUUUGGACAUUGUUUUAGGUAGGGGUUGCUUGUAAACCUCUAAAGUCCCUCUUGUGCACAUUUCCCCCAGUUGACACUUGAAAGUCUUGGAUUGUUGUUUUUUUUACUGUAAAUAUAUUGAAUGCGAGUAGAAGUACCUGCUAAAACAAAUGUACAUACAGUCAUACUUUCUAUUCAUUCAGAGAGAUCUAAAAUCUCCAAAUCAUUAGUUUUUAUACCUUUGUUGCAAGUUGUAAUAUCAUUGCAAAACUGCAUCAGGAAUUGCUUUUGAGCAAAAUGCAGAGAUGCAGUGUCAACGUAGAAUUCUGCAAGGUUAUUUUCCCAUUCCGGCCCCCAACUCUUCUGUACUGUAGAUAGGAAAGUUUAAAUCGGUCCAUUUUUUAAUUGAAGAAGCUGCAUCACCACUUUUGCUAAUCAGCCAUGUUGCAUAACUGUUAAGCAUCUAAUGUGAAGUAGAGAAAUGGAAGAGAUGAGAACCUAACUAAUGCAGAAUUAUUUUCUGCAGUACGUAUGUCUUAAGCUGCCUAUAGAUUCAAGUUACUAGGACACAUAAAAAUAAAUUGUAGUUUGUAUCUGUGCAAUGCAGAACACUGUUGAUCUCUUCACAUCCUAUUUAUGCAUUCAGUGAUUGUAUGGUUUUUCUUGCAGUCCUGUAAAUCACUUUCAGAUGCCAAAGGAAAUGUGAUUUUUGUUUUUUCCUUGAUAUAUAUUUAUUUUUUUUAACAAGUUGCUGCUGCUCAACAAAGUUUUUGUUAAAUAGUAGCCAGGGCCAGCAGAACCCUGGCAAUCUGCCAUUUGUGUUUGUAAUUUUUUUUUAAUGGUCUAUAUUUUGAUGAGUUCAUCUACAGCUUUGUUUUACCCUGGUGGUAAUUGUGUAAAAAUGGCUGAUAGAUUACAUUUUCCCUUGUUCUUUGCAAAUUAUUAAAGGAAAGAUCGUGGAAGUGGUUAGAUGGAAUGAAAUGUCUUCUGCUUUUCCAUCUAGAUCAUAUUAAUCAUUCUAAGGAAGCUUUCUGUGAUUGUGUUAAAUGAGACUAGAAAAAGUUUGAACACAGGAGAAAAAGCUUAUGCUAAACAUAAUAGCUAGGACUCUUCCCUUGGCUACAUGAAACUCUUGGUAUUGAUGGAAGGAUUCAUAUAGGUGCUAGGUUUUCCCUUCAUGGGUCUAGUGUAAUGACAGUCGUUUUGUCACUGCACCCAAGAAAGUAAGUUUUCUCAAGAAUUGAGCAAGAAUCCUUAACUUACGUUGAUGCCAGCUGGGACUCAGUUUCUAAAGGUAUGUGUGCACGGCUUGGUAGGCUGUUGAGCUGAGUAAAUGCAAACUGCUACCCAGCUCAAUCUUAAUUUGCUGGUCUUUAAUUAUUCAGCGUAUCAUUUUUCACUUCUCAUUAUUCUAAAAAUAAUAGUCAGGCAGCCUUGCAGUUAUUGUGAGCUGUGCCAGUUAUGGUGGGAGAACUGCUGCACAGUUCACCUACGCCACACAAUGGAUGCUGAUCAUGCAAUAUCCUGUUUCUGGGAACUUUUAAGCAACCCGUAGAUUUUUAACAAAUCCCAGAGGGUUGGAACUGGUUUAUCUCUGUUGAGUACUGAGAUUAUAACCAUUGACUGCUCUUCCUAUGGAGGCAAGAGAGAAGAGAUGCCCUUCCCAUUGCCAGGGGUCUCAACAAAUCAUUGUAAGUGCCAAAAACACUCCACACAACUAAUUGGGUUUUUAAAAAGCCAAGUCCAUGCUUUCGUUCCUAUACUGAGCUGCCAUUAAAAAGUGACAAAGUACAAAACAAUUUGUACUCCUGGUGAUGUAAAAAAAGGCGGUUAAGCAGCAUUUUACCUCAAGCAUUGAUUUUGGAACAUUUUGAGCAGUCAGGUACUUCUAUAAAUGUAAUUAAAUGAUAUUUUAUGAUAUCUUUGGAGAGGAAUAUCCGAGGUCCAAGCCUCAGCAAUCUGUCUAAAAGGAGAAACUCUGGUUGAAAGCAACUUUGUCUUCAAAUAAACCAAAUGGUUGCAAAGUGAGUAAACUAUGCAAACUCAAACUUGUUCAAUAGAAGAGUUAGACAUUGUGGAAUGUGCACCUUGCCUUCCCUGUCGUUUGCUUUCUUAUCUUUUACAACUUAAUGAUGGCAAUGACACUGGGCUUUUAUUUUUUAAACAUUUUGGUGGCUUUUGCAGUCAUUGUUCGGAUAAGAACUGUGUUCCCGUCACGGACAUUUUGAUAGGGUCGUAACUGGUUACCACUGUCAGAUUUUGAGUUUUAUUGGGUAACCAAAUGCAUGAUGGCUGUCGAUUGCCAUAAUCCACGGGAGUUUUUCUGAGUGGGUUGGCAGUCUGGGAAGCUUAGCACAGUUAACUGCAAAAAUCAUGGUCAAAGGGAGAAUGUCUCAAAGACUUUUCUAAACAAGGCUUAGUUGCAUGAAUAUAAGCAUAGGAAAAACAUUCAUUACAGUUGCAGAAGUAGCAGCCAUCGUGACUAGAGCUGCAGUAUUCACACUGCUUUGACAUGCAAGUACAGCUACAUCCUUGUUAGACUAAUGCUUCCAAAGUGAUUUGGGGUUUUUCAAUACAAAACCCAACCUUCAGGUUUUUGGGUUUUUUAAGUGCCAUACUUAAUCGGCCUACUCUUCUACUUGGAGCUAUUAAAUGCCCCUACCUGCUUAUUUUUUUUGUUUUUGUUUUACUGUGAUAAACUCGUGACUCCAUUCCCUAAAGGAUGAAAGCUUGCAAGCUGUGUAUUGUAUGACAGUGCUGCUUUCUGGUUAGUCCCUCUGCGAUGGGAAGAAUCUACUAGUUUGAAAUGACCAUUCAGAAUCAUGCCAACAAAACCCAACAGUACUAUAGGAGUCCAUUAAUAAAAUUUGCAUUGUGGUGCUUUACAUUGAUUUUUAGAGAGGGCCUCCCCUUUCAGAAAAGUGGUACUGUCAAAGAUCCUUGCUGACCUGUUGCCGUUUUCCAUUUCAAUUUAUGUUGUGGGGGUGGGUGGUUUUUUUGGUUUGGUUUUUCUUCCCAACCAAGAUGACAAAGGCUAUUUGUAGGAAGCUUUCAACUGGACAUUUCAUUGUGAGUGAGCGGGCUGCAAUGCAACGUUGGUGUUUGCGUCUCUUGAGAAUAAAAGCCACGCAACACUUUUGUAUGCCAUUUUUCUAAAAAAAUAAUAAUAAAUACACUUUAAAAAUGUUGAUUUCCACUGCAAAUGCUUAACAAUAAAUGCAUGUUUCCCUGAAAAUGCUUUCCAUUUUACUUUGUGGUAAUAAAUCUCUCCAGAACAGGAGAUGAUGCACCACUACUUAAGUGUGAUAUAAUGGUUUCAUUACGUUACAAGAGUGAUGACCCGUAGACCAGCAAGUUGGAUUUUAUGGAGCAGACAUUGGUAUGUGUGCAAAUCAACCAGUUGUGUUUAUGCUUUGUUAAAAUCUUUUUUAAAUGAACGGGUGGCUGAGGCGUUGCUACUUGAGUGUUCCUUGCACCAUUAGUAAACUCUUUUGUUCUC